UAUUUUUAUAUUUUUCGUUUAUUUUUUAUAGAAUGGUCUUGUCCUAAAUGUACCUUCGUCAAUCAGCCAGCUCAUAAACGAUGUCAAAUUUGUAAUUCUAAAAAUGUGCCACGAACAGCAGUAGGACAUUCUAAGCCUGUGAUAAAAGAGUGGUCUGGCACUAGAUGUUCAUCACCCAACCAUUCUAACUCGAAGAAAUGUCGGUCAUGUCGAUUUUCUUCUCAAUGUGAAGAUGAAGAUGAAAAAUCAUCAUUGAAAAGUCAUAAAUCUUCAUCUAGUGAAGCUAAUGAUGCAUUUACGACAGUAUCAAAAAUAGUCAGUACAUUGGACAUAACAGCCAACACGAUUAAAGAUGUUACCGAACACGUAAAUAGUACAGUUGACAAGACAGUCAAUACGUUGAAAGAUACCACUGAUAAAGUAGUUCGAACAGUUGGCGAUGCUACUAACACGUUUACAGAUGUUACGGAUAAAGUAGUAUGUUCAGCCGAAAAAGCAGCUAACACGUUUACAGAUGUUACCGAUAAAGUAGUCCGUUCAGCCGAAAUAGCAGCUAACGCGUUAACAGAUGUUGCCGAUAGAGUAGUCCGUUCAGCCGAAAUAGCAACCAACACGUUAACAGAUGUUACGGAUAAAGUAGUCGGUUUAAUUGACGAUGCAACCAGUGAAACAACAGAUAUAACAUAUACAAAUGAAACAGCCUUUAAAGCGGACAACAUAGAUAAGGUGGCUAAACAAAUAUGUAGUGCUAAUGACGUUGAGGCAUCUUAUAAACACAGAAAUUAUGAGACACAUACCACAAGGAAUAAAACAAACGAUGCAAAUUUUGAAGAAGUGGAUACAGUUUCCAGCCAAGAUGUUGAAAUAACAGAUGUAGCAAAUGGAGUAACAAAAAGAAGUGAUAAAGAUGUCACUAGUGUUGACAAUAAAUUUGAAGAAGAUGGGGAAAUUCGUAUCGUACUCAUUGGUCGAACAGGGACUGGAAAAAGUGCAACUGGAAACACUCUCUUAGGGUUUGAUCAGUUCCGAUCACUGCCCUCGGGGUCCUCGGUUACCGACAAAUGUAAACCAGGAGAAUCUAUUAGAAACGAAAAGAAAGUUGUAGUAGUUGAUACACCCGGUUUAUUUGACACGGAGGUGACGAAUGAAACUGUUACCAAGGAGAUAAUCAAAUGUAUCGGAAUGACAUCACCAGGACCGCAUGCUGUUGUUCUUGUUGUGAGUGUCGGUCGAUUUACAAAAGAAGAACAAGAUACUGUCAAGCAUUUUGUUAACCAUUUCGGGAAUGGUGUUUUCAAAUAUAUGAUCGUUCUUUUCACUCGAAAGGAUGACCUGACAAAAAUGAAACAGUCAAUACAUCAGUAUGUGGAAACAGUCCCAAAAGAACUUAAAACUAUCCUUCAACAAUGCGGUAAUAGGUAUAUUUCUUUUAACAAUGAUGCAACUGGACAACCAAAGAGAGAGCAAGUUAAUGAUUUUUUUGAAAUGGUCGAAUCGAUGUGUAAUGAGAAUGGCCACUCCUGUUAUACGAAUGAAAUGUAUCAAGAAGCUGAAAUCACAUUGCAGAGAAGGAUGCAGAUUGAAAGGGAAAAAUUGAAAAAGCAGAAGAAACUAGAGAUCGAAGAUGCCAGAAAUGAAGUAGAAAGUAAAUACCUGGAAUCGCUUGAACAAGAAAUGAAUGAAAAAAGUGAACUUGAAGAUGCCUUGGUUUCUCGAAAAAUGGCUUCCGACCUGGAAAAAGCCGAACUGCAGAAUAAACUCGAUGAAUCAAAGAAGAAAAUGAAAAGAAAACUAGAAAUGAAAGAAAAAGAAUUACAGGAAGAAAUGAAAAAGAAGGAAGAUGAAUUCAAUAAAAAGAUGUCUUUGGAUGGAUUAAGAGCUAACGAAAGAAAUAACGUAGAAAAGGAAAGCGGAGAUACAUUAACUGAUUUAGUUGGCGGAUUAAAAAAAAUAGCAACGGGUUUCGCUAAAAUAUUAAAAAUCAAUUGGUGAAUUGUGUAAAACAGUUUUCGACAAAUUAACGUUAUCUAAAAACAAUAAAAUCUGAAUUCCAAAAACGAUUUGUAUAAACUUGUUCUUUUGAAGCUUCUUUUGUACCAAACAUGUACAAAUUUUAAUAAAGAUAUUACGCUGUUU